GUUCGUCUGUUGACUCCGUUUGAUAUGGGCGGAAUUGUUUAAUUGUUGUGCUCUGCUCUACUAUUACUAUUGACAGGUUAAGAUGUCAAGCUAUAAACAUAAGUCUGGAGCUUUGAAAAGAAAGCUCCAGAAAGAAAAAUUAGAACAAUCUGCUAAAGGUCGCCAGGAUAUUAAGAAGUUUUUUAAGAGUAAUGAAAAAGAAGAGUUGCAAGAAUUUCAACCGGAUUUCAAUCCAGAACCUACAUCAGCCUCACAGACCCAACCUUCUUCAGCUUCAAUCCAAAAUGCUUCUACGUCUACUGUAUGUGAGGGAAGUAAUGACGAAUGUGCUAGUGCUGAUCCAAAUCUUAGUAAGGAUACUGUCGAUGACAAUAAAACUUUUAAUUUUGACGAUCCUAAUACGUGGCCUGCGGUGAUGAGUGAUAAAAUACGGCAGGAAAUAGUAUUGUGCUACGGUGGUUUUCAAGCUUUUCAGGCCAGAUCAAAAUCAUUUCCAGCUGACCCCUCAGGAAAACAUUUCCAUGAAACAUUGUUGUACAUGAAAACAGACAACAGAACAUGUAAAGCAAUUCCACGUGAAUGGUUAAUGUGGAGUGAAACAAAAAACAGCAUUCAUUGUUUACCCUGUAGCAUUUUCCAUUCAAACCAAAACAAAAGUAAACUUGCAAAAGAAGGUUUUUUCCCUGAAAAACAACAAUACAAACGAUUAUACAGGUUAUUUUCGAUGCAUGAAAGAAGCUCUGAGCACAGAAAACACUACCUAGAAUGGAAAAGUCUUCAGAUAUCAUUGAAAGGACAUGGUGUCGACAGCAAUCUGCAACAGAUUAUUAACUGUGAAGCAACAAGAUGGAAAGCUAUUCUUCAACGAAUUUUGGACACAACAAUAUUCUUGAGUAGUAGAGGUUUAGCUUUCCAAGGGGAAAAUACCCAGAUCGGUGAUGUUCACAAUGGAAACUUUUUAGGAGUAUUGGAAUUAAUAGGAAAAUAUGACGAAGUAACUCGUGAACAUUUAGCCAAAGUAAAAGAAAACCAGUUGAAUAAAAAAAGUAUGAUAGGUCAAGCUCACUAUCUCUCAUGGUACUCGCAGAAUGAAUUUAUUUCUCUCUGUGGUAAAAAACUACUGAAUACUAUUUUGCACCAACGAGAAGAGUCUGUAUUCUAUGGGAUUAUUGCUGAUGCCAUGAUUUCUUGUCAGUGUAUUAAACACUUAAAAAACAUUUUAAUUGUUUAGCUCCUAACUUUCUUAUAAUCUCAUUCUUAGUAUUUUGUCAACUUGAAUUUUAUUCUUGGUCAGUAAG